AUGGAGCGAUUAUCGAUCAAUGACCCUCCGAAUGCUACGCCGCCUGCGAACCCGCCCCAGAGGUUCCCUCCACAGGGCAACCUCGGACAAAUGACACAUGGACCGCCUCAACUACCACCACAGAUGUUCACAACCGCGGCGCAAUUGUUAGACUUGACAGAUAGUGCGUGUGACCUUUUCGACGCUGCGCUUCCAAGACUGACAUUAUCCAGAGAAGCUAGUUCUGGUCUUGCGAGAUGGGAGAAAGUUGAUCGGAGUAUUGAGGACAUGGGACCAGUUCGGUAUGGGAACCUCGACGGAAGCGCCGUCCCUCAGCGUCGGCAUACGUUAACAAUUGACCUUGUCGUUCACAGCGAACCUUGUUCUCCAAGACACGAUAGAGCGGAUGACCUCGACAAGGAAGACGAUAUCCCGCCGAACCUCGUAAAAGCGCCUUUCAAGGAAGUCUUUGACCUGAAGAAGAAGGAAGACAACGAACGGAAAACCAACGAUAAGAAGCGGAACAACAAGCUACAAGGGCUCGGCUUUGAGGCCGAACAUAGCGGGGAGAUACUCUUCUAG